AUGGGCGAAAAGAUCAAUGAAGAGCAGGUCGCAAACCUGCUCGCUGUCCUGCGAACCGAUACCUCGAUCGAUGCGAAAGUUAGUCAAAUCAACAAUGUCAAAUCCGGCAUCAAGCAGAACAAUGUCCCCGAGCCGUGUAUACUCCCCCUCUUCGAAGCUACACGAAUAUCAAUGACUUCGUCGCACGCUGCAAUUGUCAAUGCUGGCUUCUCUACUUUGAACCAUCUCCUCACACGGUUGUCACGACAGGAGCCAAAAUAUGUUGUCAAGGAGGCUGGGCGAACCUUACCCUUGGUGAUCGAGAAAAUGGGCGAUCUGAAGGAGAAAUAUAGACAGCUUGCGGCGCAAUGCUUAACGACGUUCUGGAGAAUUACUCCGCUGGAUGUGGAAAGAAUAGUCAAGAAUUCUGGUCUCGCGGGCAAGAAUUCGAGGAUGAAGGAAGCAUGUAUGACCUGGGUCGUACAGAUGCACCAAGAAAAUGGCAUGCCUUUCAAAAGCUUUGUUUCCACAUUGAUGGAGCUUCUUGAAGAUGCAGACGGGAUGGUCCGAGAUACUGCUCGGAAUUCGGUCAUUGCACUCUUCCAAAACGCCCCAAAUGCUGCGAAGUCCGACUUGAAAAAGCAAUUGAAGAAUUUCAAUGUCCGUCCGGCAAUUGUUGCAGCUAUCGUACCCCACCUUGGUCCAGGAGGACCCCCAGAACCAGCCGAAUCGGAAGUAGUAGACAUACCACCGCGGCCAACUUUCUCCAAUAGCGUAUCGUCCAUGUCCAGCAUUAGACCAUCUACACCAGUCCAGGAGGCAAAAAUCGAGCACGUGGAGCCUUCAUACGUCAACACGAAUAGGGAAUUGGAGGACACCUUCAGAGAAAUGCACCCACAUUUUGAAGGCAAGGAGUCUGAAGCGAAUUGGUUGAAGAGAGAGCAAAGCUGCACAAAAUUACGGAGACUUAAUGCUGGAAACGCACCAAGCGACUUCCAUGACACUUUUCUCGCUGGAAUUAAGGGUCUCCUAGAUGGCAUUUUAAAAGCGGUGAACUCCCUGAGAACGAGUCUUUCCAAAGAGGGCUGCAGUGUUAUCCAAGAAGUCGCCAGAACCGCUGGCCCAGGUUUGGAUCCCAUGGUUGAGAUUCUUCUUCAAAAUUUGAUCAAGCUGUGUGGCGGAACCAAAAAAAUCAGCUCGCAGAACGGAAACUUGACCGUCGAUAUCAUCAUUGGAAGAGUUACAUACAAUAUACGGAUCAUGCAGCACAUAUGGCUAGCGUGUCAGGACAAGAAUGUGCAGCCAAGAAUGUAUGCGACGGGCUGGCUCAAGACUCUACUGAAGAAGGAAGCCCACCACAAAAGUCAUGUUGAGCAUACAGGCGGGCUGGACCUGAUUGAGAAGUGUCUGAAGAAAGGAUUGGCAGAUGCAAACCCAACUGUCCGAGAGAACAUGAGAUCGACUUAUUGGGCCUUCGCUCUGAUCUGGCCAGCUAGAGCGGAAUCCAUCCUGGCCACAUUGGACGCUACGCAGCAAAGACUUUUAGAAAACGCCCCUGAUAACCCGAAUUCUCCGAAAAAGCCCGACCCUGUGGCUGCCCGGCCAGGUUUGGGAUUCAGCAAGAGCACGACUGGCCCUCCAAAACCGUCACUUCGGGAGACGAUGUUAGCUCAAAAGAAAGCUGCCAUGGCAAAUAGGAAUCUUCCGGCUCGGCCUGGAUCAGCCAUGUCUUCCUUUUCUCCUACGCGCACAGUCUCAUCAUCAUCCACAUCGUCUAACAAAUCCAGCACCACAUCUAAUAAAGAACGAUCAGAGUCAACUACUGUGGCUCACGGUGGAUUGUCCGUAGCUCCAAUGCGGCCCACAAAAUUUCGACCUGCUCCACGACCAGAGCUUGUCGCAAGACCCGCAACUGCUGGCCCUUAUUCCGUUCGACGACCGGGACAUGGCCCUUCCAACAGUGAUUCCCACACAAGUCCAUCCAUGAGACCAGUAAAGACAAGAACACCAAGCGUUAGUAGUACGAGUCCUCCCAAGAAGCCGAUCGCCAGGCCAAAUACUAGCCACUCUAGCCACGCAAGCUCUAGUCAUACAAGUCCUGCUAAGAGUACCAUUAGUAGAGUUGCGCCAUCGCCUCGCUCAAGUCCAGCAAGACCGAAGCCUACGAGCAAGCAUUUUAAUUCAUCGAGUCCAUCAAAAGCAGAUGAGGAUUUCACCAUGGUCGUCCCUACGCUCUCUGGGCUUUCUGAGUCACACCCUCAAAGUGUGCCUCUUGAGCCUGAGUCGUCAGAUGAAGAUGAGAUUGUCACACCAUUGAAGUCCCUGAAAGUUUAUGAGGAUCCCUUUUCGAGCAUCAAUGACAAUACGACGCCUCGGCCAGUCAUGAUUGCGCCUGUCCUGGAAGAGGUUCCUGUCAACGAAGAUGCUGCUAACUUAGCACGUAAUGGAAUCGAGAUGACAGAUUCUCCGAAGGCUCCAGCACUGUCACCAGAACGAUUGAAGCAGAGCUCGAGACUACUGGAUAGCGGUAUUGCAAAGAUCAAAGCUAAAUCUCUUGAUGUUCAUGGCUUCCGAAAACUUCAAGGCUUAAUCAGAGAUAACAAAGCAGCUUGGUCUGACGACAAGUUUGACGCCCUCCUUGUUGGUUUGUUUGACUACCUUGAGGCUCGCUUGACCAAUCUCACCCCUGAAAAGGACCAAGACGUCAAAGCGCAAAUUCUAGCCACAGUCAAACUUAUGUACAAAAAGGACCGCGAGGCUUUUCGACCCUACGUGACCAAAGGACUGGAAGCUAUUCUAGCAACGCGAAGCUGCUAUGAUGCUCGCACGCACAUCGUCAGCGGACUCGAGCUGCUCGCCGACGAACUUGUCACUCUCUCCAACCCCCAGCAUACAAGCGAAACCAUCACAACGCAUCUCCAGAACGAAGAGAUGACUCUUGAAGGGUGCAGAACUCUCAGCAUGGGUCUACACGUUCUGAAGGAGCUUCUAGAAGUCAAGAAGGAUUUCGCGCCAAACGACUUGGAAGUUGAAGAGAUGUGCAAGCUGGCUGCGCGAUGUCUUGAAAGCUCGGAGAGCGGCGUGCGCAUGGAUGCUGUGCAGUUGUGCGUCAGUGUGCAUGCGCGCGUUGGAGAGUCACGGUUUUGGAGCGCAUUGGGUGGCGUGAAGGAUGAUCCGAAGAGCUUGAUUACUUAUUACAUCGUGAAACGACAAAGAGAGUUGGCUGCGACUUCGUGA